AGGCCCAGGGAGCUGGCCGGGUGGGGAGCAGUAAGCAUGGCCACUUCGGAGCUGAGCUGCCGGGUGUCGGAGGAGGACCAUGAGCGACACGAGGCCUUCUGGGCGGAAUGGAAGGACCUGAGCCUGUGCUCGCGGCCCGAGGAGGGCUGCUCCCUGCAUGAGGAGGAUGUCCUGCGGCGGGAGACCUACCACCGGCAGGGCCAGUGCCAGGCGCUGGUGCAGCGGUCGCCCUGGCUGCUGAUGCGCAUGGGCAUCCUGGGCCGCGGGCUGCAGGAGUACCAGCUGCCCUACCAGCGGGUGCUGCCGCUGCCCCUCUUCACGCCCGCCAAGGUGGGGGCUGCCAAGGAGGAGCGCGAGGAGACCCCAGUGCAGCUGCGGGAGCUGCUGGCGCUGGAGACAGCCCUGGGCGGCCAGUGCCUGGAUCGCCAGGACGUGGCCGAGAUCACCAAGCAGCUGCCACCUGUGGUGCCUGUCAGCAAGCCAGGGGCCCUCCGGCGCACACUGUCCCGCUCCAUGUCCCAGGAGGCACAGAGAGGCUGAGGGCUGCAGUGAUGCUGGCUUCGCAGUGUCUGCCCCGAGGGGGCCCUUCCUGGUGGGGGCCAUGGAGGGCACUGCUGGUCGGGGAUGCUUUGUAGUUUGCCCAGAGCUGGGGGCUGGGAGGAGGGAGCCAGAGGCCAGGACACCUGGGUCUGUGUUCCCCAAGAGAGAGGCGAGGACGGUGGGCACUGGAGGCAGAGAGCAGGCGGCCAGCACAGUUGAGCAGCCUCAGCCCCAGGAGAAGGAAGAAGGAGUGCUGGUGAGGUCGCUGGGAGCAGCCACACUGGUGCAGGUCUGAGCCUCAGAGGAAGCCUGUGCCAGAUGCAAAGGCUCCAGAAGGCAGCUGGGAAGAGACAAGGUGGGGGGAUGUGUGGAGACCAGAGACAGGCAGGCCCAGCACCCCCUCUUAGUGCUGCAAUAAAUGCUCAGCUGU